AUGGUGACACAAGAAGUCCGGCAGCAGCGGCUUAACGGCAACGUCGGCGGCAGCAACCACGAAGCCCACAGCCCCAAACGCGACCGGCUUCUCUCACGACCACGACGUCGGUCUUCUUCUUCUUCUGCCACCACGGAAAUAACGACAUCUGAUGGCAUCGAUGAAACAGUACCAGCAUCAAAAGAUCGGUUAGCGGCGGCGCUCGACGGCCCUAGCGACGAUGGCGGCAUGGCUAAAAGGCGGGGCAAGAGAAGAAAGAGAAGAAGAGGCGUCCGAGGACGCUAUCACACUGCCCAGACGUCGCUCCAGUCGGCUUUCUUCGCUCGCGCAUGGCGUCACCGGCAGCAAAGGUGUGACGGCUUCACAAUGGGGAGGCAGCAGGUGGCGGUCACAACAAUGGUUCUCCGAUCCCUACCAGGUGCAGCUACCCUCGACAGCCCUCGGUGGUCUCUCCCGGCUACGCACAACAACCGGCGACGAAUGAUGGUGAUGAUCCGAUGGCAAGACGACAAGCGACGAGGUGGCGGCCAAGAAAGAGGAUGGAGAUGGCGGCUGGUGCUUAGAGGCUUAGGGUUAGGGUAUUGA